UUCACCACGAUUGUCAGUAGAGAACUCACUUCGGUUGUGUUUGGUCGCACUUUGGGAAACGGUCUCCGUGUCGGCUCCUACCUCAAGUGGUACGACUUGUCGAGUGAAGUGAUAAUCUGUGACCAAGUGAUUUGCACUGAGAAUAAAUCUAUUGUCACUGAAUCCCUAAAAGGGCAAUUUGUCUAACUUGGUGAAAUUGUAGUGCAAGUGAAGAUAUAGCAUCACAUUAAUAUCCAGUUUAAAUUUUAAACGCUAUUUCCUUUCCAAUUUCUCCUUUUGGCUGAGCGGGAUCAGUUUUUUUGUUGUAUUUCGUCUCCUUCAUUUCUGGGUCUUGCUGAAAAUAAAAGGUUUACGAAUAGGAAACAUAAUCAUAUCGUAUACAAAUCUCAUGGAAUUAAUGCUGAAUUCGUGACGUUAUUGUGAUUUCUGUGCUAUUUCAGCCAUUUGAUCUCUGAGCUCAAGAGUGAAAGACAAGUUUGGAACAAAAAUAAGAUCUCAUCCGAUGGACUCUCACCAACGAUCGAUUUGAUCAUGACUCAACGAAAUUGAUUUGAUACUUUAGCUUUGGUGUUCUUUCACAGUGAUUGUUGGUGCUUCACACGAAAUUAGUGACUUUUGUUCAACAAUAAGAAUCCAACAGUAAAUAAAUCACGAAGGGUCCAUCUCAUGAUAUCUCGAGAGAUUUUUACCCAAGCAAUCCCUACUUUAAAGCUAAUCACCUCGAGAAAGUAACUUAUACGGAAAGUGAUUUUAAGAAGAAAAAAAAAUAAGUGAAGAGAGACAUCUUGUGAAGCAGAAUAGCAUCAAAUCCGGUGCUCAAUUAGCAAUUCAACUAUACUUUUUUUGGGAAUACACUGAUGAAAGAUUGCCUGUAAAAAAAUGUGGCGGCCAUUGAUCGCGAUGCUGGUCGCUGUCGCAAUCGCGAUCAUAUCAGCGAUAGUUGAACCAACAGAUGCACUCGCCAACUGCCCAACAGCAUGUGACUGUGAUGACGAUACACUGGUGGUGACAUGUGGUGAAGGCCACCUGGAUGUACUGCCCAUCGCCCUCAAUCCCUCAAUCAAACGACUGGUGAUCAAGAACAACAAAAUCAAAAUGAUCGACUCAUCACUGCAAUUCUACGCUGAGCUUCUAUUUCUGGAUCUCAGCUACAACCAUUUAUUCAACAUUCCAGUAAAGACCUUCGGAUACCAGAAGAAACUCCAAGAGCUUCAUCUGAAUCACAAUAAAAUCGGUUCGAUCAACAAUCGAACGUUUGUCGGACUGGAAUCGCUAACUGUACUUAACCUCCGGGGCAAUUUCAUCGACGAACUGGACAGGAAUGUCUUCAGUGCUUUGGUGAAGCUCGAAGAGCUCAAUUUGGGUCAGAAUAGGAUUGCAAGGAUCGCAACUGGAGCGUUUGACGGACUGACCAGUCUUCGAGUGCUCUAUAUCGAUGACAACACUCUCACCAGUGUACCAAGCAAUGCUUUUCCGCCAUUAAAAGCCAUUGCUGAGCUAUUCCUAGGUCUCAACUCUUUUACAACUCUACCUCCUGGUUCCUUUGAAGCCCUAACUGCCCUAUCUAAGCUGGAUCUUCGCGGUGCAGCUCUUGCAAAUAUCUCAACUGAUUCCUUCAAGGGACUUGAACAACUCCGAAGCCUAGAUCUCUCCGACAAUCGACUUCACAGGAUACCAACACGAGAAUUGAGUACUCUGGGACGAUUAGAAGAAUUAUCUCUGGGUCAGAAUGACUUUGAGGUUAUCCCUGAGGGAGCGUUUGCAGGGUUGAUGAAUCUUCGACGUUUGGAUAUUACUGGAUCUCUCAAACUGCGGAAAGUUGAAUCAGGUGCAUUCGCUACCAAUACCAACCUCGAAUCCUUAACUUUGGCAUCCAACAAGGCUCUGGUUGAGGUGCAAGAGGGUGCAUUGAGUGGCCUACCACACUUGCGUCAUGUGAUUUUGAGAGACAAUGCUCUGGUCACUCUAGCUGAGGGCCUAUUCCCAUGGUCUGAACUUCACACACUAGAUCUUGCGGAAAACCCACUGGUUUGUGAUUGUCGUCUGCUAUGGCUGAGACAGCUGCUGGUCGGCCGGUCAAAUGGCAGCCAACCACCUGGUGGUGUGAUAUGUGCGGCUCCGGAACGACUGAGAGAGGAACCUUUGAGAGCAAUAUCACCAGAACUUCUGGGCUGCAUGCAUGCUGAUCCUCGGAGACAGGCCAUAAUCGGUGCCCUAGUUGUUGGAGCUGCUGCUACCAUCACUGCCCUCGCCCUUAUUCUCUACCGGUGCCGCCGACGCAUACGUGAAGUACUGAAAGGCGGUUGGGGUAAUUCGGCUCUGGGCCGAAAAGAACGCGAGUACCAGAAAACUUUUUCUGCUGAGGAAGACUACAUGUCACGCCACUCUCAUCCCUGUAGCUUAGCUGUGCAUCCAACGCUCAGUGGCUACAGUCACCAUCACCCAGGACUCCGGCCAAUUCCAGUAACUGAGCUAUAGCUAGAGGCGCCGCCGCCGCCACCAAGACGCGGCGCCCCGCAGCCACCAGGCGCGGCGGCCUUCCUGCAACUGAGCCAAGACCACCUGAUGCCGAAACACCCCAAUGGUACCAUCAGUAACUACACACCUCCAAUACCCCCAGAUGGAUUUCACACGCUCACAGGACCAGCCCUGCCAAUGCGCAAUGGCAAUCUGACAGCUGGCCGACGCACCAUCUCAGGACGUCACUAUCACUGAUCCACAGAUCACGAGCUCCGUGAUGAGCCAGUGUGAAGUGACAUGGCGCCAAAACUGCCAAGGGGAUGCAGAGCAAAGACUUGACACCUUUCGAAGUGUGAAUUUAUAGAUGUAGGAUAUCUAGGAGCGGAAGAUGGUCUGAGACAGAAAGUCUGUAAUAUGGAAUGAAAAUUUGUGAAUAUAUUUGUACUUUAGGUUAUGUACAUAAAAGAAACAAUACAAAAAAAAACAAGUAAUUAUUAGAAAAUGCCCAAUGGCAUAACACAAGACAGAGUUACAUGUAGUAGGUGAACAUACUAAAUUUUACUCAUAAUGGAGUCAUAGUGAAAUUUCAGUCGUUUAUCUUUGACAGAAAUAUUACUUAUCAAAUUCUACAGUGGAAGUCAUUGGAGGCAUAAAUUAUUCUGGCAGUACCUGUCCAACGAUAUUAGUUGAAUAUAAAAUUUGCUAAAAUGAGCUUUUGUUAAGAAGUCAAACAUUGUGAACUAAUUUUAUUGGACAGGUACUGUUUAUUUAAACCUAUGUAAAUACAUCUUAGACAUAAUUCCUCGUAAGACACUAAAAUUAUUAAAAGAAUUUUCUCAGCGUGAAGAGAUAAAUUAAAUCUAUGAAUGUAAUUAUAGGAGUAUAUACUUGAAGAAGAAAAAAAUAAGACAAAAGGUAUAUUAAUGUAAAUUUAUGGUAAAUACCGUUGCCAUUCUCGCAUUAUGCCAUCAUUCCCUUUAUUCACAAGUAACCUUUCCAAUUUGAGAGCUUCUAAUCUGAUAGAAUACUUUUGUUGACCGGCUCGAAGGUAAUUCCGAGAGAAUUGUCUUUUGAGCCAUUCAUUGUCGAAAGAAUCAAGAUGGCCACAUUAAUUUAAGAAGAAAAAACAAA